UUCUGGGAUCUUUUAUUUCAGCUCAUGAAACAUGGGCCCAACACUUUACAUGUUGCAUUUAUAUUUUCGUUCGGUAUAUAAUUUAUAUUCUCUCUUACACUGCAACUAUAGCCCAGAAUUUUGCCUGGUCAGGUCAUGUGGUAUUGAUCAAAGAACAUGAUGUGAUCUUUUCUGACUUCUAGUUACUGAAUGUUCACUCUCCUACAGAAACACUCUAAUCAUAGUGUAACCAUUUAAUGUAGCUAACCAAAACACAUUAGGCUUGUGUCCAAAAAGCCACUCAAAGUAAGCUAACAGCAGCUCUGAAGGAAAACAGCCACAAUGCACCCGGAUCCAAACACCUUCCUAAGAACACUUUAACUAUUCUUGAAUCAAAUCCAAUUUGACAAAAUCGCACGACAGAAUUCUACGGAACCAGUCAUUGAGGUAAAGUUUGCAAUAGGCGUUUUGAUGUUAAGAUAAUGUUGACACAACCGUAAACUCCCCCAAAUCAAACACUAUCGGUCACUGCCACCUCCCAAGCACUGAGCCAACAGUCGCUUUUGUAAGUUCCUUGAUUCAAACAUCAGUCAACAUUAAUACAUGAGCAGAAUAUAAAGCAGACUUCAAUUCCACUCGGUCUGUACCUUCACCUCUCCUCCUGUCCGGUCGCCGAAACGUUGCCUUGGAGUUUUUGCCCUAACUUUAUCAUCACCAGUAGCAGUCAUGUCCCAACUCGAGACAGCGAUGGCCAUCCUCCUGAAGACCUUUGACAAGUACUCCGGAGCCGAGGGCAACAAGGACACGCUGAGCAAGGCUGAGCUCAAGACCAUGAUAGAAAAGGAGCUGCCUUCUCUCCUGAAGGCCUCUAAGAACCCUGAGGACUGUGACAAGCUGAUGAAGGCUUUGGACCAUAAUGGAGACUCUGAGGUGGACUUCAAUGAGUUCAUAGUCCUGGUCUCUGCUCUCACCUGCGCCUGCCACAACCGCUGCCCCAAGAAAUGAGCUCCUCAUGCAGAAUUGUGGUCGAGUCACGCCCGGCUGCAAGUAGCAAGUGCCUCCCGCCAGACCAGAGUUCCCCCAAUCUCCCUGUUUCUGUUUAUAAUCAGUUAAUAAUCAUUUUCUUACUAAAUGCAUCUUUAUCCAUUUGUGUGGUGGUCUUGUCUUCCAACUGUGGCUGAAAAUGUAAGUAAUCCCUGUCCCAGUUACCUGGGAGCAUUUAAAACAGUGACUGUCGAGUAGGCCUAUAUUUACUCACUUUUACAAAAUACAUUUAUUUUAUCUUUUCAGUCUUGUUUUCGUUAUUUUGUGCACCACUUAAAUAACAAGUCAUCAUAUACAAUAAUUUAGAGGUGUUUACAUUACUUUAAAAUGUAUUUUUUUGAUUUUUUAUAUCUGAGUCACCUCAGACACUUUAUACACGGUCGGCUGUUAAGUAGGGCAAACUACAAAUAAAGGCAGGAGUUUUGGCAUAUAAGCUAUUCAUGGCCAUCUUGUGGCCACAGGUGACCGGUGAAUGGCAGGCAGCAAAGAUUAUUUUGGCCUCUGGUGCAACAGGUAUGUUUAAAACUGAAUUAAAUUAGUGGCACUCUGCUCAGCCCAUGAGAUGAGAGACAUUAUAGAGACAAUAUUUCUGCAGAACGACAAUCUUUUACAUGAAUUGAACAUGCAGCCAGAGGCUUUAAACCGAAUUGAACUUUUCAACCACAUUAAAGAAGAUAGAAGAACAUAGUAUUCAGUUGAAAACUAUCCGUUCAGAUCCAAUGCCUAUUUUUAGCGUGUGUAGGUGUUAACAUGCAUGUUACACCUUGAAACAAACCACUUAGGAAGUGAACUUUUAUCAAACCACAAUGGUAUCAUAUCAUAUCUCCUACACAGCAUGUGAACCAAUAUUACACCUCAGAGAUAUUUCCUUGCAUAUUUCCUUUAUAAAUGUGAACAUGAAAAGCUGCAUGCAUAUACGUGAUGUAACAAACGUGUACUUUACAUUGUUGUACACUAUUUUGUUGAUGCUGUAACUAUAAAUAUAGGAUCUAUUCAAGACUGGCAUGUGCUGUCUACAUACCCCUUA